CCUGCCCCUCCCCCUUCCCGGAGCCCCGAGGGGCCGGAGCUCCUGGCUGUGCCGGAUCCUGACGGCGACCUACCCCCGGGUCUGUUCCGGCGUUGGGUACUGGAACGCACGUGCCGUGACCCAACUUCAUACUCGUCUCCUACAUGGAUGUUGGGGAGGACUCACGAAGGGGAAUGGCUCGCGUCCCGAAACUGAGAAGAAGAAAGGAGGCUCGCCGGCAUUCGGGUGCUUUUCUGUCGUUCCAGGAGGUAGGGGGUCUGAGGAAAAGUCUCAGAUGUCCUUCCGGGGCGCCCAGGCGGCUCCCCGAGUGAGCAAUAAAGCUGAUUGACACCGGAUGUGUUUCCUCCUAGGCUAAGUCCUCCUUCCGGCCCGGCCGCCGCUACCGCGGAAGCCUCAACACCGGUUUUCAGGGUCGGUAAGUGAACGCCAAGGCGAUUCGCCAGGUGUCGAGGCCUGAAGAGGAGGAGGAGGGCGGCAGUGCGCGACCCCCGAGAAGCUAAUUGGGUGCUGUAGUGCCUCGGCCGAUAGGGACUUGGCCCCGGAAAACUCGGCUCUUGCUGUACGCGGAGCCGGAGGGAUCGUCCGGGCCACCGUGAUCCAGCGCUAGGUCCACAGUGUUGCCUGACCUCUUCCCCCUCCGUGGUAGCUCCUAUGCUCACGGAGAAACGUGGAGGAAUCAGGCGUCUUCUCGUGGUGCUCUGAGAGCGACUGACCCUGUGGGAGGAGUCACUGUAGUCUCAUUUGUUUUAGGUUUAAAGGAUCCUAAUCACGAGCUGGAAAAAGGAGCUGGAAACGCGAAAGUAAUAACUAUGCAGAGGUGUAUUUAGGUGUUUUUAUCUGAGCGAUUAUGAAGAAUUUAAUAUCUAAGGAACUUAAGAGUAUGAUUAGUAGAGGGAGAUCAAGAUGUAAAAGUGAAUUAGGCUUAAAUAGCGAAGGAUCGUGCAUUCUUUUUAAGAACCUAAAGGCCAUCCUGGAGUUAAAGGAGAGCAAUGGAUGACUUAAAUCAGAAGUUUUUUUGUUGUUUAAUUUAUGAUGAUGAUGUUAAUUCGGGUGGAAAUCAGGAGGGUUAUACAAGAGAUUGUUAAUGUUGAGGAAGCCUGGGGGAAAACAUUACAAUGAUCCAUGUGAACAGGGCUGAGGAACUGUAGUAGUCGUGGGGAACAGAAGGUCUGUACAUAAAAGUUUCUAAUUUGGGAUAUCAUGCUAAGUGUAGUUUUUUUGUGAUCACUUUGCCUAUUACUGGAUACUAAAAAUUGAGUGUUCUUGAUCACAAGGCACAUAAAAUUUAGCCAAUAUGAGAAAUGUGUCUUGAGGUCAUAGACAAAUGCAUUAUACUUUUCUGGAUUUUGAGAUGGUGAUAUAGAGGUUCACUCUUAGCACCCAGAGUACAAUUUUUUUUCCAUUUCAGCUUUGGGUUUUGGAGAGGAAGGGAAUUAUUCUUACUAUCAUAGUGGGAGGAAGCGUUCCUUAUCCUUAUAUCAAUGUUUGUGUUUUAUUCUGCUUAGAUUUUGACCAUGGCUGCUGAGUCUGAUGUUCUGCACUUCCAGUUUGAACAGCAAGGAGAUGUGGUCUUGCAGAAAAUGAAUCUCUUGAGGCAGCAGAAUUUAUUUUGUGAUGUAUCAAUUUAUAUUAAUGACACUGAGUUCCAGGGGCACAAGGUGAUAUUGGCUGCUUGUUCCACUUUCAUGAGAGAUCAGUUUUUACUCACACAAUCAAAACAUGUCAGAAUCACCAUUCUGCAAAGUGCAGAAGUUGGCAGAAAAUUGUUGCUCUCUUGCUACACUGGAGCACUUGAAGUAAAAAGGAAAGAGCUUUUGAAAUAUUUGACUGCUGCCAGUUACCUUCAGAUGGUUCACAUUGUGGAAAAGUGCACAGAAGCUUUGUCAAAGUAUCUGGAAAUUGAUCUAUCUAUGAAAAACAACAACCAACACGCUGACCUAUGUCACUCUUCUGAUCCAGAUGUUAAGAAUGAAGAAGAAAGUUCUGAUAAGGACUGUGAGAUAAUUGAAAUUUCAGAAGAUAGCCCUAUAAACAUAGAUUUCCAUGUUAAACAAGAGGAAGACAAUGUGUUACAGACCACAGUAGAAAGCUUGACAUCAGAGAGAAAGGAAAUGAAGUCACCAGAGCUAUCCCCAAUAGAUGUGGGUUUUAAAGACAAUGAAAUUUGUAUCCUUCAUGUAGAAUCUAUCAGUACAGCUAGUGGAGAAAAUGGGCAGUUUUCACAGCCUUGUACCUCAUCAAAAGCAAGCCUGUAUUUCUCUGAAACACAGCAUUCAUUGAUUAAUUCUACAGUGGAGAGCAGAGUGGCAGAAGUUCCUGGGAAUCAAGGUCAGGGUUUAUUUUGUGAGAAUACUGAUGAAAGUCAUGGUACAGCAAGUGAGAUUCAGAACCUAGAGGAGAGUUAUUCACUGAGGCACCAGUGUCCCAGGUGUCCGCGAGGGUUUCUUCAUGUAGAAAACUACCUGCGCCACCUUAAGAUGCAUAAACUCUUCUUAUGUUUACAAUGUGGGAAAACAUUUACACAGAAGAAAAAUCUUAACCGGCACAUUCGAGGGCAUAUGGGCAUUCGGCCCUUUCAGUGUACUGUGUGCCUGAAGACCUUUACUGCUAAAAGCACUCUUCAGGACCACUUGAACAUACACAGUGGGGAUAGGCCAUACAAAUGCCAUUGUUGUGAUAUGGAUUUCAAGCACAAGUCUGCUCUCAAAAAGCAUUUAACCUCCGUUCAUGGCAGAAGUAGUGGUGAAAAAUUAUCUAGACCUGAUCUUAAAAGGCAAGAUCUGCUAUAAAUGGAAUCAUGGACUUCCUUUGUAAACUUUGUAUCAUUCUCGUAGGUUUUAGAAAUGCAGUAUUUGUAAUAAUUUUAUUGUUCCCCAUCCCUUCCCCUUUUAUGUCUGCCUCACAUGUUAUUCUUUCUGAACUUCUGACAGUUCAAAAAAAUUGUGAGAGGCAUGAAAAAGUUAUGGGACUUGUCUUGUCAUGUAUGUUACAUAUAAGUCCCAGUGGUACACUUUGAGAAAUAGUGUUUUACUUAAAUAUUUUUUAUUCUGAUGACCGAGGAUCCGACAGUAUUUGCAGAUUCUGAUUUGUAGUGUCUACAUAAUUAAUUUAAAUGUUAAAUCCAACUAUAUAAUAACUUUAAUUAAUAAGAAUGAUGAAAGAAAAUAAAUUUUAAAAUGCACUAUUAUUCA